CCCCGCGCCAAGAAAUAAAUACCUACCCGACGGCGCUCCGCCCAUUAAAAAGAACUAGGGUUUUAGAGGUUUUGAGUUUUUCCAGAGCAGCUACAUUAACCCUCUUUACUGCGAGCUGUCGGCAUCUGAGACCGACUAAAACCCUUAUGACGAUUGUUUCGGGGCUCAUCUCUAGAUUGGCGAGAUCUAGAACAACCGCCGCCGGCGUUUCAUCCUUUCGCCAUCGGGCAUCGUAUCAAACUCCUUUGUAUCAGAAAUAUACAGCAUUGGCAAGAACCUUUAGCUCGAAGCCCGUUGGAAAUGAUGUCAUCGGUAUAGAUUUGGGGACCACUAACUCAUGCAUCGCUGUAAUGGAAGGCAAGACCCCAAGGGUGAUUGAGAAUGCUGAAGGAGCCAGAACAACUCCAUCGGUUGUGGCUAUCAACCCGAAGGGUGAACUUCUUGUUGGCACUCCGGCAAAGCGUCAAGCAGUCACAAACCCCACAAAUACUUUAUUUGGCACGAAGCGAUUAAUUGGAAGAAGAUAUGAUGAUCCUCAGACUCAGAAAGAACUGAAAAUGGUUCCAUACCGAAUCGUCAAGGCUCCAAAUGGAGAUGCUUGGGUGGAGAUGAAUGGCCAGCAGUAUUCUCCGAGUCAGAUUGGCGCAUUUGUUCUAACCAAGAUGAAAGAAACCGCUGAGGCUUAUCUUGGUAAAUCAGUUUCAAAAGCCGUGAUCACCGUUCCUGCUUAUUUUAAUGAUGCGCAGCGACAGGCGACAAAAGAUGCUGGAAGAAUUGCUGGAUUGGAUGUUCUCCGGAUCAUCAAUGAGCCGACUGCUGCGGCGCUGUCCUAUGGGAUGAACAAUAAAGAGGGGUUGAUUGCUGUGUUUGAUCUUGGCGGUGGCACCUUUGAUGUCUCAGUCCUUGAGAUUUCCAAUGGUGUUUUCGAAGUGAAGGCUACUAAUGGAGAUACAUUCCUUGGUGGUGAGGAUUUUGAUAGCGCACUGCUGGACUAUUUGGUCAGCGAGUUUAAGAGAACAGAUAACAUUGAUCUAACCAAGGACAAACUUGCCCUCCAGAGGCUUAGAGAAGCUGCGGAAAAGGCUAAGGUGGAACUCUCAUCCACCGCGCAAACAGAGAUUAAUCUUCCCUUCAUCACCGCCGAUGCCUCCGGUGCGAAGCACUUCAAUCUCACCUUAACUCGAUCAAAGUUUGAAACUUUGGUCAAUCAUUUGAUCGAAAGAACCCGAAUCCCUUGCAAGAACUGCUUGAAGGAUGCCGGAAUUGCUGCGAAGGAUGUCGACGAAGUGCUUUUGGUCGGCGGCAUGACCAGGGUGCCGAAGGUGCAGCAGAUCGUGUCGGAGAUCUUCGGGAAAAGUCCUAGCAAGGGGGUGAACCCGGAUGAAGCGGUGGCCAUGGGAGCUGCUCUACAAGGAGGAAUACUGAAAGGAGAUGUCAAGGAACUCCUGUUGCUCGACGUCACACCUCUCUCUCUUGGCCUUGAGACCCUCGGAGGGAUAUUCACCCGCCUCAUCAACCGGAACACAACCAUACCCACCAAGAAAAGCCAAGUCUUCUCGACUGCAGCUGAUAACCAAACUCAGGUUGGUGUUCGUGUGCUGCAGGGAGAGCGAGAAAUGGCUGUGGAUAACAAACUUCUCGGGGAAUUCGAGCUCACUGGCAUCCCUCCUGCUCCGAGGGGAAUGCCUCAAAUCGAGGUGACUUUUGAUAUUGAUGCUAAUGGCAUCGUGAAGGUCUCUGCGAAGGAUAAGGCGACGGGAAAAGAGCAGGAGAUCACCAUCAAGUCCUCUGGCGGGCUGUCGGAGGAUGAGAUUGAUAAGAUGGUAAGGGAGGCAGAGCUUCACCAGCAGAAGGAUCAGGAGAGAAAGGCCUUGAUUGAUGUAAAAAAUAGUGCUGAUACCACCAUAUACAGCAUUGAGAAGAGUCUGGCUGAGUUCAGAGAGAAGAUUCCGGCGGACGUGGUGAGGGAGAUUGAGGCAGCUGUGGCGGAUUUGAGGGGAAGUUUGGGGGAGAAUAAUGUUGAUGUGAUUAAGGAGAAGAUUGCGGCUGCUAACAAGGCGGUGUCGAAGAUCGGUCAGCACAUGCAGGGUGGAGGAUCGUCAUCGUCGGGGUCGGACGGAGGUGAUCAGACUCCUGAGGCUGAAUUCAAGGAGGCUAAGAUGUAGAUUUGUAAUUCAGUUUUGCUGCAUUUGAUGCAUUAUGCUCUCUUAUUUAUGACAUUUUAUUUUUACAAUUGAUGAGCUUUUUGCUUUUGAGGUCGGGGAUGUUUACCGUAAGAUGGGAUUCUGAUGUGCUAUUUUUGGAUUUGAUGGUAGGGAUUUUUUCUAAGAAAGGGGGCACUAUUUCAUGUUUGUGUGUAAUAUUGAAAUAUAAAUUUAUACAAAUGCUUGCUGAUCGUUGUGUGAA